AUGGCCUCCACCAGAAGAGGCUCUGAUGGUGAUCCCGCGGUCGAAAAGGCUAGGGCCUGGUCCUCUCGAUCAAUUCGAGAAGCUCGGCUGGGCAAGGCUGUUGCAAAUGGGCUUUACAGAAACAGGGCGGCCUCCGACACGGACGUCCCUCAGCACGGGCGGCCUUUGAACGAAAAGUCUCGGCGGCACACAGUAGAUAUGCAGAAGCUCGCUUCAACUGUGCCAUCGUCCUCUCGCGCAACGCAAACGACGCGCAAGCACCACAACCGACCUAUCACCGCAGCGACCGCAGAGCGAGUUAUCUACAGAAUAAUGUGUAGUGUGCAUACUGCACAGGACCUUCAGGCCACUGCGAUGGUCAGCAAGGGGUUUUAUCGGACGUUCCAGCGCAAUGAAUCGAAAUUGGUGAGCCAUUUGAUGUUCAAGUCGUCGCGUGCCGCUUGGGAGCUUCGCCGAAGUACACUCGCCUUGAGAGGAGCGAACGAUUUCCUUCUGAAGGACUACCGGCGCGACUGCCGCACGCUGGAUGCGCUGAAAGCCUUCAUUGUGGCGCAUUGCAGUGCUAGCUGUAAGCCGAGCACUCUCAUUGGUCUCCUUGGUCAGGACGAUGUCAGGGCGGAACAGAUUAACGACGCGUUAUGGCGGAUAUGGACGUUCUGUUCUUUGUUUGGAAACACAGUCGGUCAAUCCAAGCCCUCGCAGACCGAAAUCGACUGGCUUAAUGGCAGUAGAGCGGCUAGUAACAAGCACCUGGGUGCUGGCUUCGCCAUCGGGAAUGGGAAGGGCCUUACAAUUCGCGAGCUCGAAGACAUGAACGAGAUGUGGCAGUGCUUGCAAGUGCUCGUCUCUGGAUUUCAUGGCAGAGAACAAGAGGCCAAGCGCUAUGGAGUCUUCGACAAUUGGCACCUCCGGGAAACCACUACAGACUCUCAGCACCUACAUGAGUGGACAGCCUACCUGCUAGCCUUGGGCCCGCAGACUGUCUUGACAUUGUCGGGCCAUUCCUUCGACCAAGCGAAGAUGCUGGGGCUAACCAGUUGGCCUCUUCCGCCGGCCGGCCAAACGCGGUCUUCAUUUAUGACUACGGCGAUAUCACAAGUAUAUCAAGAACGAAUUCUCGAAGAUGCCACCCGGCGAGCGUCGCAAAUGUCGUUCCGACAACUUGCUCCAGCACGAGGACCAUCUCAUCGUCCAACUAGGUCGCUCGAUGAAAAGCACCUGGGGCUUAUGGCUCCGAGACACACAGACAAGCUGCAAACUCAGUCGCUUCGAAUCGACACAUCUGGCCAGAGGAGAAGACCUGUCUCCACGAUAGCUACAAACGUGACGGGGAAUGUUAGGAUGGAUAUCCGACCAGAUUGUGAUCCUGCGAGCACUGGAAUGCAGAUUCGACAUGACUGUGAACCUGGGAGCACUAGAAUGGAGAUUCGACCUGACUGCGAUCCCGCGUGGAGGACAAGCCAGACGCCUUCAACGCUCCUAACUUCGCCUACAGUUGAUCCGACUGUCUACUACUCGCUUUCUACCACGGCGACUGCGAGCGCCAAGCUCGGAGCUACAUUAUUCCCGAUUGACUAUGCUAGCCCUGCCCCACGGGUGCCUUUCCCUGCUCCCGAACGAACCAUGGCUCCGGUAUCUGAAGUGGUAGAUCCAGUGGACAAAGCCAUGAAUCUGCUGGUUCGCGAGCUGGGGUUUGCCGAAACAAGGGCGAGAAAAGCUCUGGCAAUGUGUGACACCGGUUCUGGGAUUGACUUACAGAAGGCUAUCGAAUUACUGUCUGUUGACUCGAGAGAUCUGAAGCCAAAGAAUGUUGUGCCGGUGGAGUUGCCCACGCCGGGAGGCCUUGCGAGCCCAGCCAAGCCACAGAGGGUACAGCCACCGAAGGCGUAUUGCGACGGCUACUGCAAGCGGAACUCAACUGUCUCCCACUCCCGGAACCAGUCGACGGGAACCGUAGGUACGGCAACCGACGAGUCGGUCAGCCCAAUUUCGAUAUUCAACGAUGCGGAAUGGACCGACACUAUUUCACCCCUAGUGGGCAGCUCGUUAGCGGGAUCUCGGAAGGGCACUAUGAAUCGGGCUUCGAGCAAGGCGAAGGCAUGGAAGGUGCUUGGUCUGGACAAUUCGCCGCCCAAAGGGAAGAACUCUGUGCUGCGAAUCGACGAAUAUCAAGCGAAGGUCGAGAGGCGCAAAAGCAUGCGCGCUGCAGCCUUUGGCGAGCAGCAAAGCCUGAAGAUCAAAGAAGGACUAGGGAAAAACCUGCUUAGUCUGGGUCUGGGAGUCGGGAGCAGUGCAGCAGCAAAGUCUGUGGAAGAGCAACUCGAUCGCGUUCGUGCGGAGGAGAGGCGAAAGAAAGAGAAGAACCAGGCAAGCUGCAUGCCUCGUUAUGCAUGA